AUGCAGAGGGCCAAUGCCGCCUCGCGCGGCUACACGCUCAGCCACCAGCGUGUCGUCCUCGACCUCGGAUUCGGCGGCACAAUCGCCGGCUUCACCGAGCUCACCAUCAUCCCCACCGACCGAAACCUUCGCGUCGUACACCUCAACUGCCGCCAGGCCGUCAUCCAGAGCAUCUCGUGCGCCGGAAUCGAGGCCGACUACUCUUACAACGACCACAUCACCGGCGUCGGCCUCUCGGACAAUCGCGACGUGCAUCUCUACCCGGAGCUCAAGCGCAAGAUCUUUGCCGCGGCCUCUGACGGCGUCACUGGCGAACUCAGCGUCCUGCUCCCGCCAGAGAUCCACAUCCAGCCCCAGAGCAUCGGUGGAGGUCCGAGGGCUGGCAGCGCGGUUCCAGAAGAUGCACCGACGCCAGGCGGAUCCGGCUCGGGCGGCGGUCUCGAGUACACGCCCAUCACGGUGCGCAUCGAGUACUACCUCAAGGACCCCGCCGACGGCGUCCAGUUUGUCCGACCCACGGCCGACUCGCCCUACCGCGUGCCGCACCUCUUCACCGUCGCCUCGUGUCCGGACGCCGCCCGCUGCUGGAUCCCGUGCGUCGACAGCCUCUGGGAGCGGUGCACCUGGGAGUUUGAGCUCGUCGUGCCCAAGUACCUCGCAUCGGCCGACGGCGACAACGACGGCGACGGCAACGGCAACGAAGGCGGCGGGGAAGACGGGCUGGCCGUGCCAGAUGUGGCCGGACUCGAGGACUCGCAGGUGGUCGUCGUGUGCACGGGCGACCUGAUGGAGCAGGUGGCGCAUCCCAACAACUCGUCCAAGACGGUCUUCUGCUUCACCCAGCCUGUUCCGACCUCGGUCCAGCACGUCGGCUUUGCUGCGGGCCCCUUCCAGAUGAUCCGCAUCGACUCGAUCGGCCACCAGGCCGGCGGCAGCGGUGCGCCGCAGCCCGCCACGGCCAUCGAGGAGGCCGGCCAGCCAGAGAUGCUCGCCUUCUGCCUGCCGGGCAGGGAGGACGAGCUGCGCAACUCGGUCGGCUUCACCAGGCAGGCCAUGGACUUCUUCGCCCGCGGGUUUGGCUCCUACCCGUUCGGCUCGUUCCGCCUGGUCAUGGUGGAUGAGCCGCCGCAGGACUGCACGCCGCUGUCGAUGCUGGCGAUCUGCUCGAGCGACCUCCUCCACCCACCCUCGGUCAUCGACCAGGCGCUCGAGAACCGCCAGAUCCUCAGCCACGCCAUCGCCUUCCAGUGGGUCGGCAUCAACAUCGUCCAGGCCACCUGGGCCGACACCUGGCUCAUCAACGGCCUCGGCCUCUACAUCACCGGCCUCUUUAUCCGCAAGCUGCUCGGCAACAACGAGUACCGCUUCCGCCUCAAAAAGGACUGCGAUCGCGUCUGCGCUUGGGACGUCGGCAUGCCGCCGCUCUACAUGGCCGGCGCCUGGGAGCCGCCGGACGCGGCCACGCUGCCCUUCAUCAACCUCAAGGCGCCGCUGGUGCUCCACAUCCUCGACCGGCGGCUCUGCAAGAUGGGAGCGUCGCUCGGCCUCGGUCGUGUGAUCCCAAAGGUCUUUCUCCAGGCCAUGACGGGCGAGAUGACCAACAACGCGCUCAGCACGCAGAACUUUCUGCGCGUCUGCCGCAAGGUCAGCGGCGCCGACCUGCGGCAGUUCACCGAGCAGUGGAUCCGCGGCAGCGGGUGCCCGCGCUUCUUCUGCAGCGCCAACUUCAACCGCAAGAAGCUGCUCAUCGAGAUGCACAUCCGCCAGGAGACGCCCGCCGCCCAAUACGCCGCGGCGCGGCCCGAAGACGCGCUGGCCUCAAACCCGGUGCCCCUCUUCGAGGGCCAGCUGACCGUCCGGAUCCACGAGGCCGACGGCACGCCCUACGAGCACGUGCUCGACGUAAAGGGCCCCGCCAAGCGCUACGAGGUGCCGUUCAACACCAAGUACAAGCGUGUCCGGAGGAACACGAAGCGCUUUCAGGCGCGUCAGGCUGCCGCAGCGGCCGCCGCGCAGGGCGACCAGGACGCCGCCGAGGCGAUCGGGCUCAUCGAUCUCGGCUUUGGCCUCGGCAUGUGGGAGGACGAGCGGGCGCGCGAGGAGUGGAGGGUGGCCGACUGGACCGAGGACGACGAGGAAAAGAUGGCGUCGGCGCCGUACGAGUGGAUCCGCAUGGACGCCGACUUUGAGUGGCUCGCCUCGAUCCACUUUGAGCAGCCAGACUACAUGUGGGUCUCGCAGCUGCAGCGCGACCGCGACGUUGUGGCCCAGGUGGCGGCGGUCCACGCGCUGGCCCAGAUGCCGUCGCUCGUCACCUGCAGCAUGUUGACGAGGACGGUGCUGGUGUCCAAGUACUUUUACCGCGUCAGGGCCGAGGCCGCCCACGCCCUCGUCAGCUGCGCCAUGCCGGAGCUCGACUACCUCGGCCUCUUCCACUUGCUCAAGCUCUUCCGCACCCAAUGCUGCUACGACCCGCCGGACGACCCGGCCAUCACCAACCCGCUCGACGUGCCGUGCAUCCCGCGCGCCAACGACUUCAGCGACGCCUCCGAGUACUUUCUCCAGCGCGCCAUCAUCCACGCCAUCAGCCGCGUCCGCAACCCAAAGGGGCGGUCGCCGCCGCAGGUGAAAAAGUUCCUCAUCAACCUGCUGCGCUACAACGACAACUCGACCAAUCGCUUCGUCGACGACUUCUACCUCGCCUCGAUCAUGGACGGCCUGGCGAGCGCGUUUGUGCCCGUCGACUCGGUCGGCGGCUUUGUGCCAGCCGACGAGGACGAAGACGCCAGGGACGAUGACGCCCUCCUCGCCCACGCCGCGGCCGAGGUCGAGCGGCUGCAGGAGCUCGACAAGCUGGUGCCGUCGUACCACAACGUCAUCACCCUCGGCGCCCUCGACUGGCAGGCCGCCAUGAUGCUGGCCAACCUCCGUCCGCGCGACCUCCAGCUCUUCUUCUUCUACACGCGCCAGGGCAACUUUGGCCCCGUCCGCAUCGCCGCGCUCAACUACCUCCUGCUUCUCGGGAGCCUGGACCACAAGGUGGUGGCCCGGUACUGCUUUGCGCUGCUGCGGAGCGACGAGAGCCGGAGCGUCAAGCGGGCGCUGGCCCGGGCGCUGUGCGAGGGCCUCGCAGUGGCCAUCAGCACGGGCGUCUUUGGCGGAGGCGGGAUUCGCGGUCCGGAGGCGCUCCUGAUCGAGGAGAAUGGUGGCCAGAUCAGUCAGUCGAACAAGGGGCGCGAUGCCCAGCUCGAAGCUGCACUCAAGUCGCUGCGACGCGAGAUUGGACGGUCCGCGGGCGUCCGCGAAGGAUUCCUGGCCGCACUGCUGGCGCCGGGCCUCGACUCCGAGGCGCGAUGGUCGAUGCUUAAGCUGGCCGAGCUCCUCUUCCGGCCGGCCGAAGAGCGCGACCUGCCCCUCCAGCCGAAAGUCCAGCUGCGGGUGCGCAUGCCGAGCCUGGCGACGCAGACUGCCGAGCAGCCGCUCGAGUCGCCCAGCGUCUCCAAGAUCAAGCUCGUUAAGCAGCCGUCGAUCAUCGAAGGAGCGGCGGCGGCCGCGCCUGCGCCACCAGCUGCAACGGCGACGGCGACGCCGGCCAAACCAUCGGCACCACGCGUCGCCUUCGAGACUCCCGAAGGCGCCGCCGCCGCUUCCGCCGGCCCGUCGGCCUCGAAGCCUCCGAAGCCGGUCAAGGCCAAGAAGCCGAAGCCACUGGCACCCGGCCAGGCCUCUGGCAUGUCGUACGCCGAUCUGACCGCGUGCCGCAACACGCUCAAGAAGCUGAUGGACAACCGCUUCGCGUCCAUCUUCCUCAAACCCGUCGAUCCCGUUCGCGACCAGGCGACCAACUACUUUGACGUCAUCAAGAACCCCAUGGACCUGGGUUCCAUUGCCAACAAGCUCGACAGCGGCCAGUAUCGGGAUCGCUACGACUUCAAGGCCGACUUUGAGCUCAUGAUCCGCAAUGCGCGGACCUACACUCCCGAUCCGAAGGCUUGGGCCCAUCAGCAGGCCGUCGGGCUGGAGAAGGCCUUCAACCAGCUGUGGACGCGCAUGGAAAAGACGCUCGAGCAGUCGGCGGCCAAGCAGCAGAGGGUGGCCAAUGGCGUGUCGGGCACCAAUGCGGCGGCCGCCAGCGAUACUACGGUCAAGGCGACCGACUAUGGCACGACGGCCGCCGAUCAGGCCGGCAGCCCCGGCACGCACCCGGUCAGGGACCAGCCGGAUCCGGUGCACGCACCGCCCGCUGCCGUCCCGGCGCCCGGGCGCCUGUCGGUCAAGGUCAAGCUCAAGGCCAAGCCGCCUUUGGCAAACGAGGCUCCACCGAAACCGGUGCUGAAGCCGACCGUGGCAGCCAGCCCCGCCGCCGAGUCGCCCGAUCCCGCUCAGCCGAAGCCGAAGAAGCCGCUGAUCAAGCUGAAGAAAAAGGAGAGCGAAUCUUCGUCAUCGUCGCCUGCGCCUUCGGCCGCAGCUCCCGUGCCAGCACCACAGGGCGAGGCAUCGAGAUCGGCUUCUGCCGUACCCCGCCAGAGCGUCGACGACGACAUCCUCGACCUGCUGGGCGAGUCGCCCGAACCGGCAAGCAAGAAGGCGACGCCCGCGCCGGUUGUGAAGCUGAAGAAGGCGGACAAGGAAUCGGGCUCGGCCCGCGCGGCCACGCCGAGCAAGAAGCCAAACAAGCCCGCCGGCGCCAGCCUGGCUGGUUCUCCUGCGCCUUUGGCUGCCACAUCGGCGCUGAAUGGGGGCGCCGCACCGCUGCCUCACGUGCCACCUCCGCCAAAGGCAGCCACGCCCUCUCCCAGCAAGCCGGGUGCCAAGGGCGCCGACUCGGACCCGGUCGCGGCGGCCGCGGCCUCUGGGCUGCCGCUGCAGGCGAAAAAGUGCAAGGCGCUGAUCCAGACGCUGCGCAAGUCGCCCUUCUCGAUCUUCUUCCUCUACCCCGUCGACCCGGUCCGCGACGGCGUGCCGACGUACCUCGACGAGAUCAAGACGCCGAUGGACCUCUCGACGAUGGAGAAGAAGGUCAACCAGGGCGCGUACCGGACCAUGGCCGACUUUGCCGCCGACAUGCAGCUCAUCUUUGCCAACUGCCGCCAGUUCAAUCCGCCCACGACGGAGCCGUGCCUGCACGCCGACGAGCUCGAGAAGCUGUUCCGCAAGGAGUGGGCCAAGCUGCUGGUCAAGCGGCUCGAGUUUGGCGAGAAGCGCGCUCUGCAGGGCCUGCUCAACAGGGUCAAGGCCAACCCUGCGAGCAUCCUGUUCCGCGAGCCCGUCGAUCCGGUGGCGCUGGGAAUUCCGACCUAUUUUGACGUGAUCCCGCGCCGCGACGCGCGCGACCUGUCGCUGAUCGAGUCCAAGCUCAAGGGGGACAAGUACGACUCGAUUGACGCGUUCGACGCCGACGUGCGGCUGAUGCUGCGCAACUGCUACACGUUCAACGCCGCCGACCAGGGCAUCGUCGACCUCACAAAGACGUUCGAGUCCAUCUACCGCAAGGAGAUCAACGGCGUCAAGGCUUCGUGUGGCCAUUCCACCGGCGGCGGUGGUGGUGGUGGGUCGGGUCAGAAGAGGAAGGAGGCCGUUCCCGGUUCAGAGGGUGGUGGCGGCGGUGGUGCGGCGGGGGGAAGCAGUAGUAAAAAGACCAAGUUGGCGUGA